UUCGAAAUUGAAAUGUUCAACCCUGAUAUAAACGAUUACCAGCUAACUUCUAUAGUAGCGGAGUGCUGUGGGGGAGUCGCAGUAGUAUAUUCAGCUGUUUACAAACCUUACAAUCAAAAUGUGGCAAUUAAAAGAUAUUUUGUUGAUAAAGAUAAAGAAAAAGCCAGUUUAAUACAGCAAGAUAUUCUCACGAGAAAAGAAUUACAACAUCCGAACAUCCUCCCAUACCUCACAUCAUUUGUUUAUGGUCGUGAACUGUAUGUGGUGUCCCCGCUUAUGAAUCUUGGGUCCUGUAGAGAUAUAUUGGACAGAUAUUUCCAAGAAGGACUGCCAGAGCUUGCCUGUGCUAUUAUAUUAAGAGAUGUUUUAUUAGCGUUGCAGUAUUUACAUAAACAGUUUUAUAUACACAGAAGUGUCCGAGCAAGUCAUGUACUAUUGGAUACAAAUGGCACUGUUCGUUUAUCUGGCUUACGUAGUGCAGCCUCUAUGAUGGUACGUGGCCGAAAACAGAAGCAGCUACACAGUUUGCCUCCGCCGGACCAUGACAAUGCUAACCUGAUGUGGCUUAGUCCAGAACUAUUAGAACAGAAUCUCAAAGGCUAUGACGAACAAUCAGAUAUAUAUUCACUCGGUGUGUUUUGCUGUGAGCUUGCUAAUGGUGCGGUACCAUUUUCCGAAGUACCCACCACCCUCAUGUUUACCGAGAAGGUGAGAGGCAGCCGGCCUCAACUGUUAGACUGUUCAUCGUUCCCCGAGCCCCUGGAUGAUGGUGAGAUGAAGAGCAUGUACAACACGGACAGCGGCGUGGGCGACAGCGCGGAGGGCGUGUCGCGCCUGCGCGCCGCCUACGCGCGCCGCAAGCUCAGCGACGCCUUCCACCGCCUCGCCGACCUGCUGCUGCAGCGUGACCCAGAGAAAAGACCGUCAGCCACUCAGCUGCUAAACCACCCGUUCUUCAAGCAGAUCAGACGGACCGAUUUCUUGCCCAGUCUCAUCGGACGUGUCAAGCCGAUUAAACCAGACCCUGAUGACAUAUCAGCGCUUUUGCUUCAAGAGAAAAUAUCAGAAAUGGAAAUCGAGAAGACGACGGAGUGGGAUUUCUAGUAUUUACUACACGUAGCACAAGUACAAUUAACAGAUACGACAAAAUAACACCAAAUACAUCUCUCACCCAUUCCAAAGAAAAUUGUAGUAAAUGAACGAUGUCAAGAUUUAUUUCUUCUUAUUUAGGUUAAAAUGGCUUUCAAUAGUGCCUAGUGUAUGAGCACAGAUGUUUUAAAUACACAAUCAAAAUUUAAAUGGCAUAAUCUGUUAGGUGUUUUGGGGAUCCAAAUUCUGAUUAAAACGUUAAAAUCUGGAUAAAAAUGUAACAUUGAUAAAUAAGUGAAUUCUGCUUUAUCUGCUUGCUGUGUUAAUUUUUAUAUUAGUACUAGCUUUUACCCGCGGCUUCGCCCUCAUUG